AUGGAAAAAAAAAUAACUGAAACUGAAAAUAAAGUGUUGGAAGAAAAGAUCAUCGACUAUUUAGAAAAGGUAGAAAGAAAUCAACUUGCUCAAAAGUUAGGAAUAAAAAAGAAAAACUUGUUACUGGCUAGCAAGCAAGAAUAUGAUGAAGCAAAUAAGACUCAAAAAGAUUAUCAAGAAUUGAUUUUAGA